AUGGAAUACACUCCUCAAUAUGUCCUUGCCUUUAUGAUUUCGCUUGGUAUAUUUUCAACAACGGCACAGAAUUCUGUUUCAACCAUUACCAGCCAGAACUUAACCAACUCGGAAAAAGCUACCUUCUUAGCAGAUUAUUUCCUGCAGCAUGAGCUAGAAUCUCACUAUGUGUACGAGUCUGUUAUGGCUUCUAGAGAUAUGAUGAAUCAAAUUUCGUCCGGAAACACAUCGGCAUCCCAAGAACUCCUGGAUGCCAUAAAAUCGUAUGUUCUUACAUCUCUACCAGGUUUCCUCAGAAACCCGAUUGUUCAGGGUAUAUUUGAAGUCAUUGCCGAUGAGUUGGGAAUAGCAUUGCAAAACACCGAUCUUAACAUCAUUUCAUCUCAAUUAUUCUCUGAUGAGGAUAUACAAAAAUUAUGCUCCGAAUUCAACUAUGUAAGAACACUGACGCGAAGUAUCACAAUCGCCAAGCCUCUUAUUGAAAGGUAUCGACAAGAAAAUGAUUCUACUGUCUUCAUCAUACUACUGAACAAGGCAAUCGAGAUGGCCGCUUACACGAUUUCUACUCCAACAUUUCAAACUGUCAUGGAAAUUGUGGUAGAUGAACUUAGCCAAGGAUUUCUUAAAUCUGGUCUUCCAGAACGUAUAGAUGAAGAAGGAACCGGGUUUCUGAAUGACGAAAAGAACACGUUAUCUAUUGUCAAAACUAUAAUAGAGAGUUCGAAUAUGGAGAGGCUAAUGACGAGGUCUUACAUUGCUAGUAAACCAGUCCUCGAUUUACUUUACAAAGGGGAUACGCUAUUUCUUUUCGCCACAUUCAUGACCGCUACUGGAGCUUCACAAAAUCCAGCGUAUAACUAUAUGUUCGAAGUAUUUGAAACAGAUUUUAUAAAGACAUACAACAAACAUGUCAAUUCUGCUGGAGAUGUUUCCUCACUGAUCAAUGAUCCACUUAAUAGCUAUAUAAAUGUUAUAGAAAAGAUGAAUGUUCUCGGUACAUUUUCACCAAUGUUUCGGGCUGCAAGUGCGCGUAAUCUAUUGCCUUACAAUAGUUCGGCCGAGGAAGACAAGAUCAGUGAUAUUUGUUACGAGGAUACCAUUCAUUUCUUGGAUGAAGCAAAAAAUGAGAAGGCAUGGGCAUUGAAAAUGGUGGACUCCUUUGGAAAAAUGCCUGCCGGGAUGUCGAAAGGAAACCUCAAUUUGCUUGGUUCAAUGGAUCAAUGUGUGGAGGUAAGGUCCGAGAUCAAAGCCAACAAAGUCCUUGGAACUGUCCGCUACCCAAGAAGCUUUGGAACUAGAUUUUGCCGAGUCAUUAUACCAAGUAACGGAUUCUCUGUAAGAAUCACGGGAAGAAUUACUUGGGGUGUAUGUUUACCUGACACAUGUACAAGCAGCGAUGUGUACGGACUUAUGAAAUUAGAUGCGCUUGAAAACAUCACUGGGAAUGUAGAGAAGGUAGAGUGUCUAAUAGAAUCGGAUUUAUCGAAGGACCUACCGGCUAUCAUUACUUUAAUAAUCAUCGGCUUUUUGGUAUUCCUCUGCUUGUGUGGUACUAUCUAUGUCUCGCUGGAAGAACGUGGCAUCAUCAGUAAUAAUCAAGAAUCUGUCAAAUUAAAUGGUGUUUUUAGUGCCUUAGAUAGUAAGAAGGAAGGUGAAUAUGAACAAACUGAGGAUUUGAAAAACGUUUCGGUAGAGAGCAACUGCACUACGAAAAAUGGAGACAGGAGUUCCGAACCAAAUGGACUUCAUGCGGAUGAUGAGAAACCAGCGCCUGACACAACUCAUCAAAACAGUGAAGUACAGCCAAAUGAUGUUUUAAAAAGUGAGGGCAGCACAGGAAAUGAAUCAACGAAUCAGGAGAACAGCCUUAGCCGGUCAGGCAAGAAAGAAGGGAUAUUGAUCAAGGUGAUUAAGGCGUUUGCCCUACAAAUUAACAUCCCGAAGAUACUAGCUGGAAAGACAUCAUCGAAGUCUAUAAGUUGUUUGCAUGGGAUACGAUUUAUAACUAUCACCUGGGUGAUACUUGUCCAUAGUUAUUUUCACGGCUUGACUCAUAAUUACUUCCAAGUCUGGACAUUGGUAAACCCCAGUGAUUACUUGGAAUUGAAGCACAGUUUUACGUUCCAUGGAGUGAUGGCUUCGAACUCGGCCGUCGAUACGUUUUUCCUGUUGAGUGGCAUGUUGCUGUCAUACACUCAGAUAGAUACCUUGACAAAGCUGAUGAAGAAAGUGAAGGGAUCCAGAAUAGGAGUUUAUGCCUUUCACUAUUUCUUCCAUAGACUUUGGAGGUUAACGCCGUUGUACGUAAUGGUUUUGCUUAUCUACGCAACACUGACAGAGCACUUGUCGAACGGACCGCUUAAGCCAUUUGAAUUCGCUUAUCGCCAAUACUGUAAGAAUAAUUGGUGGACAAAUAUGUUAUACAUCAACAACCUCAUCAAACGGCAAGAACAGUGCAUGGGAUGGUCUUGGUACCUGGCAAAUGAUAUGCAGUUUUAUACAGUGUCUCUAGUUAUCCUCCUGCUAAUGGCUUUGAAACUUUCGGUAGGAAUCAUAAUCAGUGUAUUGGUGAUGCUGAGCGGUAUUGGUAUAGCAAUGUGGAGACAGUACAUCUUCAACGGAAACCUUUUGCGGCGAUUUGAGGACGGUGGUGCCUAUUGGGAGAAUAUUUACAUUGCUCCUUGGUGUCGAGUUGCGGCUUAUAUGGUAGGAAUUCUAUUCGGAAUUUUUAUGCGGAAACGUCCAAGGAAACCAUUUAAUAAGAUGAUUGGCUUUGCGGGUUGGACUAUCGCCACAGCAGUCGCUCUGACACUGAAGUACUCGAUAUACUCAUUCAAUAGGGAGGGAGGGGAACCAUGGACCAAACUACAGAACGCUUUCUACGAGGCUUUUGACCGACCUGUCUGGGCGAUGUGUGUUGCCUGGGUUGUUUUUGCAUGUCAUAACAACAUGGGAGGUCCAGUCAACUCCCUCCUGUCUUGGAAAGGCUUUGUCCCUUUGUCACGCCUGACAUUUUCCUGCUACCUUAUUCAUCCCGUUGUGAUGCUGGUGCAUGGAUUCUCACGGCGUGCCCUGUUUUAUGUUACUGACUACAAUAUGGUCCAUCUUUUCCUUGGAAACCUCACAGUGUCCUUCAUGUCUGCUUUUUUGUUGACGGUGACAAUUGAAUCUCCUUUCAUAGCGCUUGAGAAAUUAAUGUUUUGA